AUGAUCGUGGAGUCUGUUAGGUUUUCAAUUGGUGAGUGUUGCUCUGGUUUGGUUGUUUCAUCUUACUGCUUUGGAGUCAGAUUGUUUGAGGGAAGGAGAUCAAGUUGUCUGCUUAUUCAAUUGGAUAUAGACAUCAUGCUUUUUUGCACCUUCAGUUCAUCCACGGUUGCUGUCAAGGGUGUUAAUGGAUUGACAUUAAAACGAUUGAUACAAAAUUUAUGUGAUAGGUGGGUGAAUGUGACACCAUCAUCGAUUUCAAUAUCUUACAAAUUACCGUGUCACGAGAAUCAAGUGAUGUUGUGUAAUGAUGUAGACAUGGAAAACAUGUUUUCCAUUGCAAGGUCCAUUGGCGUUACCCAUAUCAAUGUUGCGAUUGACUCGGAAAAUAAGGUGGAUCAUUUGAAUCGAGGUACUCAAUUCAAUGAGACUAUGUCUGCAAAUCAUCUGGAUCCUCAUAGUGAACCAUUUACAGGUCCCCAACCUAGCGUAGAUUUGUUAGCCAAUUAUUGUCACCAUAGUGAGAAAAUGUUGAUGACAGUUGAUUGGUCACAUGGCAUUAGUCAUGUAGGCCAAUGUUUCGAAGGGGGUGUUGCUUCUUUCCGUUUGGUUUUGUCUAAAUAUGUUAUUGAGUGUGGGUUUGACUUUAAAUUUGUUAAAAAUGACUCAGUUCGGGUUACGGCAGUGUGCACACUGCGAGAGCAAAAAGGUUGUUCGUGGUUGGUACAUGGAAGGGUUCAAACAUGCAAUGUUUAUUUUUACUUGAAGAGGUUGAACAACUUGAAUAGUUGUGGUGCUGUUGUUCGCACUGGGAAGAAUAACAAACUUAACUCUGAAUUGGUUUGCAAUGUUAUUGAUGAUCGGUUACGUGAUAAGCCGCUUACACGUCCCACUGACGUCGUGUUUGAGCUAAAAAAGGAGUACGACCUUAAUGUUAGUUACCACGUAGCAUGGUUAGGUGUGCAGAAGGCAAGAGGCGAAGUGUAUGGUGACUAUCAUGCUUCAUUUGAUCAACUUAGGUGGUACGCGGAUGCGGUUAUACAUUACAACCCUGAGAGUUAUGUCAACUUGGAUUUUGAGCAGUCUACCGGCCGAUUUAAGCGGUUCUUCAUUUCAUUCAAAGCUUGCAUUGACGGAUUCAACCAUAUCUGCCUAUUAUUGUUUCUUGACGGCACUUUUUUAAAAGGGAGAUUUAAAAGCAAUUUGCUUGCAGCAACAGGGAAGGAUGGCAACAAAGGUUUAUUCCCAUUAGCUUUUGCUAUUGUUGACUCUGAAACAACUGCAAAUUGGACUUGGUUUUUACAGCAACUGACAAAGGUUGUUAGUAGUGCUCGCACAUUAACUUUCGUAUCCGACCGUAAUAUUGGGCUACUUGAAUCCUUGUCUACUGUAUUCUUAUCUACACACCAUGCGUACUGCUUACAACAUCUCCAAGCAAAUUUGAGGGACAAAUUACGAUGGGUUAACAAUCGUGUACGCUUUGGUUUAAUGGCGAAGUUGCGUAAAUGUGCGUAUGCUCCAACCGAGGCUUCAUUUCAGCAGCAUUGGAAGAAGCCAAUAGGAACAGGACGAUCUGGAAUAAAUAAUUUCUUGGAAGAUAUGCCACCGAAGCAUUGGGCCAAUGCAUAUUUCAGGGGCAAACGAUAUGGGGAGAUGACCUCGAACGCUGCAGAAUCAUUUAAUAAAUGGAUACUUGAUGCCCGUAAUUAUCCAAUCACAAGGUUGGUUGAUACAAUCAGAAAUCAAAUAAUGACUAUAAGGGCUGAGCGUAAAGUUUUGGCUACUAAUUGGAAUGGGUUACUUUGUCCGAAAAUGGAAAGCCGUGUUAGGGAGGCGUACUCCAAUGGUUGCACAUUGAUUGUUAGCCAAUCAAAUGAAGGCAUAUAUGAGGUCCAUUCAUUUCCAACGAUGUUGGUAGACGUUGGCAAGCGUUCAUGUUUUUGCUUCCAGUGGCAAUUGAACGGAUUCCCAUGUGCACAUGCGGUGGUUGCAAUACAGAGUAGUGGAAGGGAUUUCAGUACAUUCGUUGAACAAUUUUUCACUGUUGAUCAGUAUAAAGUCGCUUAUUCUAGAUACAUUCAGCCAAUACCAACAGUUGACAAACCCUCCUUUUCGGAAGACGACUUCAUCAUAUAUUCACCGGCAGUUAAACGUCCUCCAGGGCGACCCAAGAAGAAUCGAAUACCAUCUCGGGGAGAGAAACUAAAUCAGAUUAGGUGCGGUCGAUGUGGCCGCAUGGGCAGCCACAACCGGAAGACAUGUAAAGAACCAAUUUAG